AUGGCGUCCAAGUUUCUCCUCGCUCUCUCCCUCUCCCUCCUUGUUUCCGCUGCAUUCGGAAAUCGAUAUGUGCCUCUGGAAAGGAUGAGAGGGCAGCGCAUUCAGCUCACCCGUCCCCAGCAAUGCCGCAUCCAGCGGUUUAGUUCGUACCCCAUCCAGCGCAUCUCCGCCGUGCAGCCCCACAACCAGAUCCAGUCCGAGGGCGGCCUCACCGAGAUGUGGGACGAGAUGGACUCCCAGUUCCAAUGCGCCGGCGUCGCCACCAUGAGGAACACUCUCCGCCCCAACGCCCUCUCCCUGCCCAACUACCACCCUAACCCCCGCCUCAUUUACAUCGAGCAGGGUGAGGGAUACAUCGGCGUCAUCUUCCCCGGCUGCGCUGAGACAUACCAAUCCCACGGUGGCGAACAGUUAUCAUCGGAAAGCGAGCAGCAAGGCCAAAAGAGAGACUUGCACCAGAAGGUGCACCGCAUCCGCCGUGGAGACGUCAUCGCUCUCCCACCCGGUGCAGUCCACUGGUGCCACAACGACGGGAGCGAAGACUUGAUCGCCAUCUCUGUCAACGAUCUCAAUCACCAAAGCAACCAGCUCGACCAGAAAUUCAGAUCGUUCUACUUGGCCGGGUCAGCCCCACAAGGAAGCAAGGGAGAGGAGACAUUCCACAACAUAUUCCAAUCGUUCGACGCGGAGCUCAUGGCAGAGGCGUUCAACGUCUCCCCCGACCUUAUCAGGCGGAUGCAGUCAACAGAGGAGGAGAGAGGGCUGAGCGUGAUGGCCCGGGAGAGCAUGCGGUACAUCCGCCCCGACGAAGACACAUCCUUCCGCCGCAGAGAAUCCCCCCACAACGACAACGGAUUCGAGGAGACCUUCUGCACGAUGAAGAUCCGCACCAACAUCGAAAACCAAAGAGACGCCGACAUCUACUCAAGGGAAGCUGGUAAACUCAAAGUCGUAGACAUGCACAAGCUCCCAAUCCUCAGCUACAUCGACAUGAGCGCCGAGAAAGGCACUCUCUUCCCGAACUCAAUGCUGAGCCCCCACUGGGCCAAGGACGGGCACACGAUCGUGUACGUGACAAAGGGGGAGGCCAAGGUUGAGAUCGUGGACCACAGCGGACAAUCAAUGAUGAACGACAGGGUGAGCCAGGGAGACAUGUUCGUGGUGCCACAGUUCUACACGACGACAGCGCAGGCCGGGAACAUGGGAUUCGAGUGGGUAGCGUUCAAGACCAGCGGGUACCCCAUGCGCAACGACUUGGCCGGAUACACCUCCGCGCUGAGGGGAAUGCCGCUGCAGGUGCUCACCAACGCUUACCAGAUGUCGCCCGCUGAGGCUCAGUCCAUCAAGACCAACCGCGGCAGCCAGACUUUCUUGCUCUCUCCUGCUCACCGCUCCGGCAAGCAUUUCUAG